UCUACUUAAAUAUAUGAAUUUACAAAUAAUUUUUAUGUAAAUAUUUAUUUUAUUGUAAAAAGUGUAAAAAUUAAGAACAAACUUUUAUAACGCAUAUACGGAGUAAUUGUCAUUUUUACGAUAUAACAAUUUAUAUUCACAUUUUGAGAUGGAACUCACUACAGUGUAGUUACUACCAUUUGAAAUUGUUCGAACCAAUACUACAGUAGUAUUUUAUAUUUAAUGCUAAAUCUUUAUAAGGCAGUAUAAUUAAUUAUAAUUUAUUACGCAAUUUUAAACUUAAAUAUACUAAUUCCAUUAUUGAAAUUAUUAUUAAUUAUAUUUUGAUAUAAUGGCAAAUAAUGAGGAUAAUAAAAGUGAAGGUUCAGCUGAAAUUGAAGGUGAAAAUGAAAAUGAAGAGAAUGAGGAAACAGAAAAGAUUCUUAUCAUAGAUCCUGAUAGUGAAGAAUUAGAUUUCAAUCAUUCAAGAUUAACAAAAUUAGAAAACUUAGAACCAUUGAGGAAAAUACGUAGAUUAUGUUUUACAUGGAAUCUGAUAAAGAAAAUUGAGAAUCUUGAUACACUUACAACUUUGGUUGAGUUAGAGUUAAGAGAUAAUCAGAUUGUUAUUAUAGAAAACUUAGAUGUUCUUGUAAAUUUGGAACUUUUAGAUUUAUCUUUUAAUCGUAUCAAGAAAAUAGAAGGAUUGGAGAAUUUAUUGAAUUUACAAAAAUUAUUUCUAUCAUCAAAUAAGAUUCAAUGUAUUGAAAAUUUAUCACAUUUAAAAAAUCUUAUAACUCUUGAAUUGGGUGAUAAUAAAAUAAGAGAAAUAAUUAAUCUUGAAGGACUUGAAAAUCUAACAAAUUUAUUUCUUGGUAAAAAUAAAAUAACAAAAAUUAAAAACUUGGGAUGUUUACAAAAUCUUCAAUUAUUAAGUCUUCAAAGUAAUCGUAUUACAAAAAUAGAAAAUUUAGAAGAAUUGAAGAAUUUAGACCAAAUAUAUUUAUCUGAAAAUGGUAUAUCAAAUAUUGAAGGAUUAUCAAAUUGUUCAAAAUUAACAACUUUUGAUUUAGCAAAUAAUAAAAUAAAAAAAAUUGAAAAUAUUGAACAUCUUGAAGAUUUAGAAGAGUUUUGGAUAAACAACAAUGAAAUUGAGGAAUGGACAACUAUAGAGAAUUUAGCUCUUAAUAAGAAAUUACAGACUGUAUAUUUAGAGCAUAAUCCUAUUGCCAAAGAUGCAAACUAUAGAAGAAAAAUCAAAUUAUUGCUGCCAUGGCUUGUUCAAUUAGAUGCAACACUUUGCAGAUAGAAAAUACUAUUUUGCAAAAUAGAUGUCUUUGAUAAAAAUUCUUUGAUCUAUCUACUGAUAUUGUUGCUUAUCUCUUUUUAUUGCUUUUAAAAGAUUAUUUUUAGCAAAUAAAUCAAAAAUACCUAUACUCUUAUCAGCAAAAGGUAAAAAUAAUUACAAUUUUUUUAAUUUUAAUAAAAUGUAUUUUUUUAUAUUUUA